AUGUCGCAGAAACCUCCACCUAUCCAAUUCGACGAGGACCGCAAGGCCUCUUUGUUUGAUCGUUUCUGGAUUGUAACUAUGUUGUUAUUUUUGGGCAUUGGGCUAUAUUUUGUUUUCUCAGAAAUCUCGAAGCCCUCUAGACCACUAGAGUUCAAUAUAGUUGAUGCCUCAAUCACACAGUUUUCUCUCUCAAGCGACAACACCUUGUACUAUAAUUUUAAGCUCAAUAUAACUGUGAGAAAUCCAAACUAUGAUGGCGGGUAUAGGAGCGAGAUCAGCAUUACUGCGAUUUCUUAUUAUAAAGGCAACAAAUUUGCUAUGGUGGAUAUGGAUUCGUUUGCCCCAGAUUGUAAGAAGACUGUUUUGAAGCCGGUCGUAUUUUACGGGAACAGUUUGAUCAAACUCAAUGCUCAACAACUUAUGGAAUAUGAUAAUGAGACACGAUCCAGAAUUUUUAAUUUAGAUUUGAAAUUAAAUUUGGAAGACAACAAAUAUAUUUAUUGUAUAGGCUUAAAAAUUCCUUUGAUUUCUAAUAAAAAUUUAGAAUCUAGUUUCAAUGUUACCCAAUGCUCUCGAGAAUACGGAGGAUGGGGUUAG